AGGUAACAUGUUACGACAAUCGUCAAUCAACACUAUAAGGUCUAUAACUGGAUAAUUUUACAAUAGCUACAACAAAAGUGUUGUAACUACCUCUCAUUUAGAUUUAGACCGUUUAUUUUUAACAUUCAAUCUUCAACCUUCAUAAUAUGGCGGCAAACUGUAAUUUAUAUCCAACCGUUGUCUUCUAGUCCUCAAUGCGGCAACUCGGCAAGCAAGCUUAAGAAAAAACUUUUUUUUUUUUUUUUUUUUUUUUUUUUUAAUUUUUAUUUUGAGGAAAAACUUUGACUGGAAAAAAGUAGAUUCAUAAAAUUUGUUUAGUAGGAAAAAGAAUCAACGGUGAAGAUAUAUUAUGGAGUGAUGGGUUAAGAUUUUUUUUUUUUUGUCAGGAGAGAUGAAAUCAUUUAUUGACUAUAAAAAUAGUGGCUAUUGAAAAUCAACUCACUAUCAAUUAAUUAAUUCAAAAAAAUUUAUUCCUCAAAAAAAAAAAAAAAAAAGAAAAAAAUAAUGAUAAAUUCAACUUAACUACCCAACAGUUAGUUUUCGAGAAAAAAACAACACUUCAACUUGUAACCGUUUCUUUCCUUGUUCAUUUUUACUUUUGCAUUCAAUCUUCAUUGUCUUUGGCAUUUGUGUAAACUAUAAUAUUCUUAGACUGAUUGUCAAUAAAUUCAUUUUUACUCGUUGAUAUUAUGUGCAAGGUGGGCUGCUAUUGGAUUACUAGACUACUUGUACUUCCUUGUUUUGUCUUGCUUCUACUUCUGCCUGGUUUCAUUCAAGCCGAACCAUGGAAAAGUUUUACUUCUAGGCUAGGGAAACCUCUGAUUGUAGAUGAUGGAAUUGUAUAUUCUUGUUCUGAGAAAUUUUUGUAUGCUUUUAAAAGCAAUGGGUCUAUGGUUUCGAGUGUACACUUGAAUUAUACGUGCAAUGGUGGCAUUGCUCCGGUUUAUGGUGGAAAAGGGAAGGUGUACAUCAUUGCAGAAAAUAAAGUGUUAAGGAUCAAUACUUUGACUGCUGGAAAUUCUGAUCCAGCUGUUGAACUUUUCUUUGGUAACGAAUCAACAGGAGAAAGAUCAGAUGAAAUCCUUGGAGUUUCUGCAAGUAUGCUAACAUCUUCUGUUUACAUAAACAUAAGAAAUAAAGGACUUUAUGCAUAUUCGUUGAGAGGGAGGCUGCGUUGGAGUGCUUUACCGGUAAUUAAUCAGUUCGGGUAUUUUCAAGGUUGCAAGAAUAAUGUUACAGACUGUUAUUUCACGUCACCUCCCAUUAUUGAUAGUUGUGAGAGCAGUGUAUAUAUUUCAAAUAAUGAGGGAGAACUCUAUUCUAUAUCAGCUCGUAGUCCUCAUUUUAAAUGGAUUCAGAAUUUGAGUUCAUUUGACAAAGCAUUUACUGCCACUCCAGGGAACAAUGGCUUCCUGUAUGUUACAGUUCCUGCUAAGGCCAUUGUACUCGGCUUAGAUGCUUUUACAGGUGAUAUUUCAUGGGAGAUUAGUAUUGGACCACUAAGUUCUGCAGAGCAUUUACCUGUGGUUGAUGCCAAUGGGUGGGUAUCUAUCGGUUCACUUGAUGGAUUCCUCUACUCCAUCUCACCAACGGGGAUCCUAAAAAAGUUCUCUAAGGCGCCUCCAGUGAACUCCGUGAUUCAAGUCAGUCCUGUUCUUGAUUGCUCUGGCUAUGCAGUGUAUAUAUCACAGACAGAAAUGGAGGGUAAAAGCAGCCGUGUGAUCGAUAAUUACACAUUUGUUUCUGCAAUGAAACCCAAGAAUGUUGUUUUUUCAUUGUUGGUUCCUGCCACUGAAGCUUUCUAUUGGUCGGACAUGUAUCCUGGUGAAUUUGCAUCAAACCUAUCACGAAGUGACCUGAGGAAGUUUAAUCUGAACGAGGGGACUGUCCUUGCUUUUAUUGCUGCAGCAAAGAUCGGAAACCCACUUCCAUGCAGAAGCACCAAUCUGAAGCUUGCAUUUAGUUGCUCCGAGUUGAGGCCUAAGAGCAUCAGUGUUUAUACAGGAAACGAAAGAGCCAUACUUUUAUUCUUGCUGUUUGAAACCAUUAUCUUGGUUGCCUUGGCUAUAAGUGUACGAUUCUGUUGGAUAUUUUGGAAUAAGCAGAAGCUCCGAAAUCAAGAUCUUGGAAAAUUCCUUGAUAAACGACAAUCACUGCGGCUUAAAAAGAAAGAGUAUGAACAGACGAUUUCAGAGCUAGAGCAGAAGGCAGCCAAGGAGGCAACAACCAGCAUCGUUUUGGAAAAUUUGAGCAAUCUAGUACGAGAAAGAGAAGGCAUCGAAAGGAAACUCUCAACAACUUACAGCUUAGGAAAAGACAGCACAAGUUCACUGUCAAAACCUGUACUUCCAAUAUAUGAUAAGAAAGCAAGAAGCUAUUCUUUUCAAGGGUCAAAGACUGAGAAUGUUACUAUCUUUCACACAUAUAGCAGUACUUCAGAUGAAGAAAGUGGUCAAGAAACAAAUUCCGAGAAUGAUUUGCAUACUGAAAUAGAAUUUGCUGCUAAAGAUCUGAAGGGGAAAACAAAGGCAGAUGAAGCAAUUGAAAUAAGCUCUAGUGAAGAUAAUAGUGAAUGGGAAGACUCGUAUGAAAGCUCUUCAAGAACAAGUUCGGGGUCUAGACGCUUUCAUGAUGACUCUUUCCAUGAUGUGAACAAGGUUCAAAGUAGGGGUGAAAAGGCAUGGUUGUUCAGGAGAAGAAGGUCCUUGUCCUCUACUAAUUAGGAGUGAUGUUUUAUGUAUGUAUUAAUAUCCUUCACACUUGAAAUUCCAUUGAGGGGAGACCUUAACGUCAAGCUACAAUAAGAGAACGAGGUGGAUAGGAUUAAUAAAAUCAUAGCAUUUGGCAAAUGAUCCAACAAAUUAGCAUUUUAGUGAGAAAAAACCAUUUUUAAGCAUGCAAGAAAAUGGGGAUACAAAGCACUUCAUCAAAUCACAGAAAUAUACUGAUUACUUUGUAUGAUAAUAUAAUCUCUUAUCUUAAGCUAUAUAGACAAAUAAACAAAAGAAAGCCGGUAUUUUACAACACUUUUAAGUUUAGAAACAAGACUAGGGUAGGGUAGCAUAACAAAAGGUGGCUCUAACAAGCGUAUCCCCAGCCGGAAGGUAGUACUCCCUUUGACCUGGCAUAAGGAAGAGCAAAUUGGAAUUGUCUUAAACUACCAACCCAAAGAAGCUCAGAUGGUGAAAUUCUUCAAGUCUUUUCUGUAUCCUCUCCCCUUCUUCUCUGUGUUACUCUGCUCAUUGUACAUAUCUCUAAAUCGCAAGUGUUUCCGGUGGUGGAGGUUGCGCUUCCACGCCUGCAAGUUGAACAUCUGCUUCAUCUGCGCCUACAUUCAUGACUUCAAUACGAGCAUCAAAGCUAAAACAAGUGUUACUGGUUUAGUUCAUGUGUUUGAUAAGGCCAAGUAUGUAUUUAUGCAUUGUAUUCAACCCCGAGUACUAUUGCUUCAUCCAUUCUUUCGGUACCUUCGAGUACAAUUUCCACCUACUUGUAGUACUUGA